CGCAGCCCCGAACGGACCCAGGCGCGGGUGCCUCCGCCAGGGGGGCUUUGGGCGCCGGCACCGGGGGGGCUGCACCGGAGAGACGCUGUCGGGUCCCCGGGGAGCUGCCCGGACCGGGGGCGAUGGGGCCGGGGGCCACCCCCGCCUGAAGGCCCGUCCCGAGCAGGGAGGGAGCGGAGAGGGACGGGGCCGGUUCCGGGGGGCGCGGCGAGCCCGGCCCUUCCCCCGCCCCGCGGCGGAGCUGAGCCGAGCCGGGCUGAGCAAAGCCGGGCUGAGCAAAGCCGGACUGAGCCGAGCCGGGCUGAGCCGAGCCGGGCUCAGUAGAGCCGAGCCGGGUGGCGAGGCCGAGGUGGGAUUGGUGCCACAGCGGCAGGUGGCUGCAGCCAUGGAGCAGAGCCAGGCAGGUGCCUGAGGCUGCUGGAAGGAGCAGGAGGGGGUGCAGGGUGUACAGGACAUGGAGCCCCCCAACAGCAGCACGGCCGGGCAGGACUCGUGCUUCGGGGUGUUCAAUGGCAGCGAUGGCCGUGCCAGCGCACAGAACAGCAUCGCCUCGCCCUGGUUCUCCACGGCCUUCGGCCUCAUCGGCCUCUGUUCCAACCUCUUUGCCCUCUGCGUCCUGGUCAGCUCCUCCCGCAAGCUCUCCAGCCAGGCCCGCUCCUCCUUCCUCAUCUUCCUUUGCGGGCUGGUGGUCACAGACUUCAUGGGGCUGCUGGUGACAGCCUCGGUCAUCAUCCCCUACCACUUCACCAAGUUCUCCUGGGCCCAGGUCGACCCCGGCUGCCACCUCUGCAACUUCCUCGGCUUCUCCAUGGUCUUCUUCGGGCAGUGCCCUCUGCUGCUGGGGGCCACCAUGGCAGGGGAGCGCUUCUUGGGCAUCAACCGUCCCUUCUCCCGCUCCACCAGCCUCUCCAAGCGCCGCGCCUGGGCCAUCGUGGGGCUGGUGUGGGGCUUCUCCUGCUUUCUGGGACUGCUGCCGGUGUUCGGGCUGGGCCGCUACACGCUGCAGUUCCCCGGAUCCUGGUGCUUCCUCACCCUCCUGCCCGACACUGGCGACGUCAUCUUCUGCCUGCUCUUUGCGCUGCUGGGCAUCCUCUCCGUGCUGCUCUCCUUCAUCCUCAACACCGUCAGCGUGGUCACGCUCUGCCGCGUCUACCACGACCGCGAGUCGGUGCAGCGGCGCCGUGACAGCGAGGUGGAGAUGAUGGUGCAGCUCGUGGGCAUCAUGAUCAUCGCCACCAUCUGCUGGAUGCCCCUCCUGAUCUUCAUUGUCCAGAUGGUCCUGCAGCAGCUGCCUGGCCAGGCCCAGGUGCUGCCCACGGACACGCAGGAGAUGCUGCUGAUCUACAUCCGCAUGGUCACCUGGAACCAGAUCCUGGACCCCUGGGUGUACAUCCUGUUCCGCCGGGCCGUGCUGCAGCGUGUGUACCCCCGGCUGCCCCCCCGGCCCUCCAUCGUCUCCCUCAGCCCCUCCCUGCCCCGCAAGCUCACCGCCGGCUCCGUCCUGCAGUAGCACCCUGGGGACGGGCACGGGGCAGGGGGACACGGCCAUCCCCCCACCUCACCCACGGUGCAUCCUCAUCACCUGCAGCCAGGGGCUUCCCCCCUCACAAACCCCAUAGCCAAGGGGCUGUCAGGGGGCACAGGGCUGCUUCCCCCUCCCCGUCCCCAAUAAAGCACAGCUGGUGCAGCUCUUGGUGCCCGCUGGGUGACCACCCGAGGGGGGCCCAGGGAGGGUACCUGGGGGAACCCAC